CUCUGGUCCGAUCUCCGAGCUACAGUGAAGUGCCCUAAUAUUAAUUUCUUAGUACACACAUUAGCCUGGUAUGGUUAGGUGUGGGUACACGCGCACAAAGUGGUAUAAGAAGUGCUCACUUGUAAAGCCACAGUAGAGAAACGCGUCCUGCAAUGCAAUUUACUAAAUAUAUAUAUACAUACACAUCAUACGUGCCCACAAUAUAAGAAAUAUGCCCUUCCAGGCGCCCGCACAUUUAUGUACACAUAAGCACGCAGCAGUGCUCUUGCCUCUUCUUCGUCUUUCCCCGACUUCCCGUGUCACUGAAGCUCCGGGCUGCCCAGCAAAAUGGCUGCGUUCCUGCGAGCUCGCAAAUAUGUUUGCUGUGUGGUUCGUUUCUCCGACCGUGAACUGUAACCGCUAGUGCUGACCGCUUGUGAAAAUAAAAAGAAAAUCUACUGGUAAAGCUGUGAUGGCUGAAGAAAGUGCAGAUAUUGGAGGUGUGAUAGAGGAUGAAGACGAUGGUUCAAUUGACCCAAACCUUCAGGUGCAGCUCAAUGCAUUCAGAGCUCAGUGGAUGUCUGAACUCAAACCGAGCAGUGGAGCAAGCGAUCAAGUGCAGCAAGCUAAAGGUCAGAAGGGGACGCAAGAAAUAGCUCGGGAGAAGAAGGCCACUGAGCUGUUCAUGAGAGCUGUUCAGGAAGAGCAGAAUGGAACUGUCUAUGAAGCUAUCAAGUUCUAUCGCAUGGCUAUGCAGCUUGUGCCUGACAUCGAGUUUAAAAUCAACUACAACCGUCCUUCUGACACAGACAGAGUUGGUGGAAGCUACACGGAAAACAAUGAUGGUGAAGGUGAGAUGGAGGAUCUGCUUGUCUACUUUCAGCACCAGCUCACUCUGGAAAGCUCCUUUCCAAAGAUCUGCACUCCUGAGUUUGAAAUGACUCAGAUGCACAUUUCAGCCUUGCCACGGGAAAUCCUGAUGUACAUAUUCCGUUGGGUUGUGUCGAGCGAUCUGGACAUGCGAGCCCUGGAGCAGCUCUCUUUGGUUUGCCGUGGGUUCUAUAUUUGUGCAAGGGACCCUGAGAUUUGGCGCUCAGCCUGUUUAAAAGUGUGGGGGCGCAACUGCACCAAGCUUGUACCCUUCAAAUCAUGGCGGGAGAUGUUCCUGCGAAGGCCACAUGUCCGUUUUGAUGGUGUGUAUAUCAGCAAGACAUCAUACAUUCGUCAAGGAGAGGAAUCGCUGGAUGGAUUUUACAGGGCUUGGCACCAGGUUGAGUACUACAGGUACCUCCGGUUCUUCACUGAUGGCCAUGUCAUUAUGCUGACCACCCCAGAGGGCCCUCUGUCCAUUGUUUCUCGCUUGCGUACUAGGAACACCAGAAUGGAUUCUGUUCUGCUCGGUCAUUUCCAUCUGUCACAGGAGACAGACAAUCAAACCAAAGUUUUUGCUGUUCUCUGCAAGAAAAAGGAGGAGCAGAAACCAACCGAGUUUCAAAGGAAUCGGUUCUGCAGGUGGAACCCACCUCCUGAGGCUGAACACAUCUUCCAUGUAGGAUUACAUCUGUCCUCCGGAGGGCGUCAGGGUGUCAGUAAGCUGGUGUGGAUCCACCACUCCUGCCACAUCACCUACAAGCUGACUGGGGAAACCGUUGUCACAGCAUUUGACCUGGACAGGAUGUACACACCCUUCUUCUUUGUACGUGUGAAGAGUUACACCGCUUUCUCUGAGAAGCCUCUUUGAGCCGCAUGGAGAUGUGCAUGCUAUCCCAUGAUGAUCCCAUCCACCAUUUUAACAUAAUUAUACUCUUCAGCCUGUUUAUUUUGUGCUGCAGCUGGGUUAUGGUGUUGAUAUAUACAAACUCUCAUGUUUCCUACAUGCAAUUAUAUUACAUUCAGGUUUACAUAAUAGAAUACUACUUAUUUUCUGAUUUCAGAAACUAUGAUAAUGUGCUGAGAGCUAAAAUAAUUAGCAGUCUUUCCCACCAAUUCCAAGCAGUGAAUGUUCAUUAAGUUUUUGCUUCAUGUUGCACUUUCUCCCUCAAAUAAAUAGUGGUGAACAGAA